UCCAGUCUGCAGACAUUAUCCGUCGGGAUAUGCGGGGACGAUGCUUAAAUUAAUGCUUCGUUCAACCGUUUGGUUUUUGUGCAUUGUACUUUUAAAUUGUGAAGUGUAUAACGAGAGACCUAAAAUUAAAGUUUCGGAUGGUGAUCUUAUAUUUGAACCAGCUUACGACAAGAGUAUUUAUUUACGACAAAACGGACCGAAGUCUUCCAUAUUUUUUGGUGACAUAGAUUUUAAAAACUUAAGGAACGUUACAAAUAACAAUCAAAAUGUUAUACCUGGAAGAAUUGAUAACGUUCAAAACUAUGAGACACAACCUGAUGAGUUACUUAGAAGAAUAGAAAGGAUUGAAUCUCUUACUGCCACUUUAACAAGUAAUUUUAAUUUUAAUGUCACUCGAUUAACACGACGGAUUAAUACAUUGAAUAAUAGAGUACUCACUUUACUUAACAACAAAAAGAAAAACGAAUGUCAAUCUCAUCCUUGUGAGAAUGGAGGAACCUGUCUAAAUUUAGUUAAUGGCUAUCACUGUCUAUGUCCAUCGAAUUGGAAAGGAUCUAACUGUGAUGAAGACGUAAAUGAAUGUCGUAACUUUGCCGGCACUGAUCUAGGUUGUCAAAAUGGUGCGACUUGUAUCAAUUUACCAGGUUCAUAUCAAUGUGUUUGUAAGCCAGGAUGGUAUGGAAUUGAAUGUACCAGAACAGCUAAAAAUUGUUCCCAGGGUGAUUUUCAGAUGUGUGGACAUGGGACAUGUAUCCCCGUAGAAUCAAGUCUGGGUAUUAAAUGUAUUUGUAACCAAGGCUGGACGACAAAUGGAAAUGAUGUCGCAUGUUUAACAGACGUAAAUGAAUGUGAAUCUGGACAGGGCGUCAGAUGUUCGGUAAACCCAAGAGUUGAGUGCAUUAAUCUUCCCGGCUCAUUUCGUUGUGGGGCAUGUCCAACAGGCUAUGAAGGUGAUGGUUUCGCUUGUUAUGAUAUUGAUGAGUGCCUUACUAUACCAAAUGGCGGUUGUAGCUCCAGCCCGAUGGUUUCUUGUCAUAACACUAUUGGCUCCCGCAUUUGCGGGUCCUGUCCACCAGGCUAUCAAGGUGAUGGAAUUACGUGUACUUGGAGGGGUUCCUGCUCUUUUAACCGCGGAGGUUGUCAUCCAUCAGCGCAGUGUAUCGAUAACACAUCACUCGGUGGAGUUACACAAUGUAUGUGCCCAUUAGGAAUGGACGGCGAUGGUAUCGGAUUACAUGGGUGUUAUGUUUCUGCAGUAGAUAAUACUACACAACGAUGCGAAAGCAAUCCAUGUGGAGCUCAUGGUCAUUGUCAUCAGCUUCAUCAAGGCUAUACUUGUAUUUGCUACCCAGGUUACAGCGGUGCUAGCUGUAAUAAAGAAAACAAUUUUUGUACUAGCAAUCCAUGUCAUAAUGGAGGUACAUGUAGGCUAGACGAAAGAUUAUCAAGAGGAUAUAGAUGCGAAUGUACUGCUUUAUAUUCCGGUGAUCUAUGUCAAGUACAUGCACAACCUUGUGGUGGAGUUCUCGAUUAUGAAGAAGGUAGUAUUAUAUACCCAAUAUCUAAUACGUCAUAUAAUCAUAAUUCUAGAUGUGCAUGGGUGAUUCACACUGCUCCAGAUAAAGUUAUUAAUGUUACAUUUAGUAAGUUUAAUUUAGAAUACCAUUCUGACUGUCGGUAUGAUUUUGUACAAAUACAUGAUGGUAGAAGUUCUGCUAGUCAACUUAUAGGCAGAUUUUGUGGAAACACUUUUCCAAAAGGUGGAAAUAUUAUUUCAAGUCAUAAUAAUCUGUACUUUUGGUUUAGGUCAGAUCAGUCUGUUGCCAAAGAUGGCUUUUCUUUACAUUGGACUAGUAUACCACCAGUUUGUGGAGGGAAAAUAAAUGCCACUACACAUGGUCACAUACGUUCACCUGGGUCUCCUGGCAAUUAUCCACCGAAUCGUGACUGCUAUUGGCAUUUAUCGACCGCAUUGGGUAAAAGAAUACAAUUGCACUUUUUCGAACUGGAUAUAGAAAAACAUGCAAACUGUAGUUUUGAUUUCUUGGCUAUAUACGAUGGAAGCCACACAAUAGAUCCACUAAUAAGUCAAUAUUGUAACUCGACCCAACCUGCACCGAUUGAAUCGGCUGGAUCUGAUAUGCUUAUAUAUUUUCAUUCUGAUGGAUACGGUGACGGGAAAGGAUUUCAAAUAACAUAUGCCCCUAUUGAAGGCAUUCCAGGAUGUGGUGGCUUUUUUACUAAUGAUAGAGGGGAUAUUGUCUCGCCGUCGUACAAUAGUGCCUAUUUAAAUAAUUUACUAUGCGAAUACAAAAUAAAAACAAGCCCAGAAACGAGAAUUCGUAUUGAAUUCAAAUCUUUUAACCUCGAAAGAUCUUUCAGAUGUAGAUACGACUAUUUAAAAAUUUAUGAUGGUCCAAAUACAGAUUCACGUCUAGUUGGAAGAUUCUGCGGAAAUAGUCAUCCAAAAUUCUAUACAUCUUCUUCUAAUAGUCUUUUCUUUUUAUUUAAAACUGAUCAUUCUACGGGAUCUGAAGGAUUUAAAAUAACUUAUGAAUCGGUUUGUUUAAAAACGAUUACAGGAGAUAGUGGAAUCAUAAAAACUCCUGGAUACCCUCUUAGUUAUCCAAAACGUAUGGUCUGUGAUUAUAUUAUUAGCAGUUCACCUGGUAAAGCGAUAGUUUUAACAUUCCAAGAUUUCGACAUUGAAGACAACAGAUAUUACAAUUGUCAGUAUGAUCAUGUUGAAAUCAGGGACGGAUCUUCUAUAAACGCUACACUGAUGGGCAGAUUUUGUGGUGGAUCAGAAUUUACUCCACCAACACAAACGUCUACUCAUAAUUAUAUGUAUAUUAGAUUUCAAUCAGACAUUAGUAUAACAGGACGAGGUUUUUACGCUAAUUACACUACAAUAAAUACAGAAUGUGGGGGAAUUUAUAGAGAAAAUACUGGCAUUAUCAACCAUCCCAUGGACAUUGGUACCCGAUAUUCUAAUAGUCAAACCUGUACAUGGAUGCUAAUUGCAUCACAAGGAAUGCAUAUUAAGUUGACUUGGAAUCGAUUUGAACUUGAAAGUAUGCCAUCAUGUAAUAGUGACUACGUUUUAAUUAGUGAAAUUGAUGAAAACAAUGAGAAUAAUACGUUAGGUAAAUAUUGCGGAAACACUUUGCCACCUGCUCUAACUACUUCUUCAUACCGUCUCAUGAUAAAAUUCGUAUCAGAUGUCAGUGUGCGUCACGAGGGAUUCUCACUAUCAUAUACAUUUUUAGAUGAAAAAACGCAUUGUGGUGGACUUUAUGUAAAAUCACAUGGCUAUAUAUAUUCUCCGGGUUGGCCACAAAAUUACGAAUCAAAUCGUAAUUGUACUUGGAUAAUAACCGUGCCAGUUGGUCAACAGAUCAUGCUUAAUAUAACCGAUUUUGAUUUGGAGAGACCUUUACGGAAUAAUUGCCAGUUAGGUGAUUAUUUAAAAAUAAGAGAUGGUACUUCAGAAAAAUCUGCUUUAAUAGGAACAUUUUGCGGGUACUUUAAAUCUAAGCGUGUAAUAACCACUGCUAACAGUGCUUACUUACAAUUUCAUUCGGAUUUUUACUUAAGUGGGAAUGGGUUUAAAAUCGAAUGGGACGGAACUAUAAGGGGUUGUGGAGGAAUAAUAAGUAGUCCGCAAGGUUCAAUAUCAUCACCAAAUUAUCCUCAGAAUUACAAUGAAAACGCAGAAUGUUUCUAUAAGAUUGUCACGACCAGUGGUUCAAAAAUAAGAAUAACAUUUGUAGAAUUAGAUUUAGAGCGAACAAUGGACUGUAAAGACGAUUAUGUAGAAAUAUUCGAUGGUCGUGACAGCAACUCUUUUAGUUUCGGAAAGAAUUGUUUUAUGUCUCCUGAAUUAAGAAACAUCGAAACUUCUAGUAAUUACGCAUUUAUUAAAUUUAGAUCAGAUAUUUUUGUAAGUGGUAAGGGUUUUCUUCUUAAUUACGAUACAAUAUGUAAUAAUAAUAUUAGUGGAAGUUACGGUGUCAUAGAAAGCCCGGGUUAUCCGGGUAAUUAUCCAUUGAAUAUGAACUGUCUUUGGACAAUAACCGUUCCUAAGGGCAAUAAAAUUAACGUUACAUUUACCAAGUUCGAUUUAUUUCCAAAGUUUACCCCGUAUCAUCCAUGGUCUUCCUCGCGCCGUCACUGGUAUUUUAGACGUCCUUGUGAAACAGCCUAUUUGCAAUUUAAAGAAAUACAGGAAAAAGAAUAUUCCAAUAAAUUAUGUGGCACUAAUUUGCCACAACAAAUAAGUACUAAGAGUAAUUCUUUACAAAUUAAUUUUGUUUCGGGAAGUUAUUUUCCUCGUAAUGGGUUUCGUUUGGAAUGGAUUAGUUACGGUUGUGGUGGUCAUAUUCAAAAGCGUUUUGGCACUCUCGCGAUGGAUCGUACUUUAAGGUCUAUGGAUGAAAUAGAAUGCGAGUGGAUCAUUGAAACUCCAAUCGGGACCGCUAUAUCCAUAACAUUUUCGGAAAUUUAUAUGACUGAAUCUAAAAAUUGUUCUGUCGAUGCUAUUGAACUUUAUAAUGGUCAAAAUAAAGAUUUCCCGAUGAUAUCAAAAAUUUGUCAUCGAGUAAAAACUACUGUACGAACAAGCUCUAACUUUUUAUUUGUUAGAUUAGUAAAAAAAUCGUCAUCACGAAAUGUUUAUUUUAAUUCAUAUUUCUCUUCCAUAAAAGAAGGCUGUGGUGGUGAAAUUAAUUCCCCUUCUGGAUUAAUACAAUCAAAAAAUUACCCUAAAAAUUAUGAAAAUAAUAUGGAUUGCUUCUGGUCAUUAUCGGUUCCAAAAUAUCAUAGAAUUGAGUUAAAUUUCAUCAGUUUUGAUCUUUACUCUGCAGACGAAGAUGAUUGUGGUGAUUCUAUAAAAAUUUAUGAUAAUUUUGAUAAAUAUAAUACUAAUUAUACUACUUUAAUAUGCCCUAAAUCAAAUAAAACUCAAAUCUUAUCAGAGAAUUCUUUUCUUAAAGUACAAUUCCAAACUGAUGCUUAUGGGAGUGCCAAAGGCUUUAAAGCAAAUUUCUCUAUGACAUGUGGAGCAGUAAUAAAAUCAAAAACUGAUGGAAUCAUCUCAAAUAAUCAGUUUAUUAAUCACAACAAUAAGAAUUGCAUCUGGACCAUUAUUACGCCAAAUCCGAGUGAUAAGGUAAAAUUAACGAUACAACACAUAUCUAUACCAAAAAGUGCUGAUGUUAUAACUAACCGUAAUUGUCCAUCAUCUUACCUUAGAGUCCUCGAUGGUAAUGACGAAAAAUCUCCCUUGAUUGAUGAGUAUUGUGGCCGUAAAGUCCCACCUACAAUUAUAUCUCAUGGAAGCUCGUUAACGAUCCUGCUAGGUUCAUAUACAGGUGAUAUAAAAGGAAAUUUUUUAGCACACUACUCAGUUUUAACAAAUGCUUGUGGAGGCAAGCUAUUUUCAGAAGAGGGGUCUAUCGCUUCACCAAAUUAUCCACUUUCUUAUCCAAGUAAUGCAGACUGCGAGUGGACAUUAGCCACAUCGCCUGGUAAUAGGGUUUAUAUUACAUUUGAAGCUUUUGAUUUAUUUACUUCAGAAAAUUGCAAUGAAGAUUUUCUGGAAAUAAGAGAAAAUGACGGCGGAGGCGAACUAAUAGCCGUUUACUGCGGUCAUGAUAUUCCCGUGAAUACUACGACAGGAACAAAAUUAUAUAUAAAAUUUCAUAGUGAUGAAAAGGAAACAGGUCAGGGAUUUAUCCUUCAUUAUGGAUUUCUUCAUGGAAAUGAAAUCACUGGUUUACAAUAUGGUGAAUUAGCAUCACCUCUUUAUCCUUUCCCAUAUGAAGGUCAAGGCGAAUACAGUUGGCGAAUUAUCACUGAAGUAUCAACUAUUAUCAGUUUAAGUAUUGAUCAUUUGGAAGUACAUAGAAAUGAUGAAAUUUGUAGUAGCAAAUUACUUGUCUACGAUGGCUAUGAUGAAGAGGCUCCAAUUUUACAAGAAUUAUGUGGAUUAUUAAAAAAAGAGAAUAUGAAUUUACAGACAGAUUCAAAUGUCGUUUACUUAAAACUUAUAUUAGACGAAGAAAAUAUUGGUUCCCUAUUUCAUAUUCAGUGGACACAAUCAAACAUAGGUAUUAAAGAGGAUAGCAAUAAAAUAAAUUGUGGAUUAAAUCAAACACAAAUAGUAUUGCCUAAAAAUGAUUUUGUAUUUAACUCUCCAAAUUACCCGAAUGCUUAUGAUCCUGACUUGAACUGUGUAUGGAUAUUUGAUGUAACUCCUGGUCGUCAUUUAAGUCUAAGUUUUAAUGAAAUGGCUUUAGAGGAAACUCCUAACUGUUUUGCAGAUCAUAUUUCAGUUUUUUCUUUAAAUCAAGCAAACUGGAAUCCGAUGAUAGAAAAUUUAUGCCUUACUGAAAAUGUUAAUAAAAGAAGUUUCACGAGUACAACGGCUAUGAAAGUGACAUUUAAAUCUGAUCCAUCUAUUGCACGAAAAGGAUUUCAAGCAAUGGUAAAAUCAAUUUGUGGUGGAGUUUUACAAGAUAAAUCAGGUGCAAUUGAAAUUACACGGUUAGAUUUCGAUAACGGUUUUCUAGAUAAAAUAAAAUGUAACUGGACCAUAAAAGCACGUCCAGGGCGAACUAUACAACUGCAAUUUGUACAGUUUAAUAUAACAAAUGAUAAUGACUGCACAACAUACGUUAUUUUGAGAAACGGCGAAAGUGUCGAAUCACCUUUAUUAGGUGAUGGAAAAUUUUGUGGAUAUACUCAUGAAAAUCGAGACCAAAUUGUUUCAUCCAGUAAUGCUGUAUAUAUAAGCUAUGUUGCAAAUACUAGAAAUUUUCGAACUUACAAAAAAUUUUACUAUUUCAAGUUACAUUAUGAAGAAAAAAAUAUCGAAUGUGGAGUAACAUCUACUUUAGACGCUGACCACAAAUGGGAAAUUAUUACAUCUCCUAAUUAUCCUUCAGUACCGACUCCAUACACCGAGUGUAUUUGGACUUUCACAGGUCCUCCGGGAGAAAUUUUGAGGAUUGAUUUCGUGGAAAGAUUUGACUUGGAAGUUUCUGGAAAAUGUACUCUUGAAUUUGUCGAAAUUAGAGACGGAUCUUCUCAAUUGGCUCCACUUAAACAAAUUGUUUGUGGAGAACAACCGGCUACAAUCAAAACUAGUAGUAAUGCAAUGUUUGUAAAAUAUUCAACUCAAAUUGCAGAACCUAGAAAUGGAUUUAAAGCUAAUAUAUCUAUAGAUAUGUGUGGUGGAACAAUUGUUGCGCGUUCAGGGGAAGUGUUAUCUCCUGGGUAUCCACACAUGCCUAUUCUACCUGCGAGUACAGUAUGUCAAUGGCAAAUAAUAUCUUCAACGAGGUACGGUAUACAAUUAAACUUUAAAGACUUAAAUCUUCCCGAAUCCGAAAAACCAUGUGAAACAAAAAUCACUAUUGAAGAAUCAAUAUUUCCAAAUAAUACAUCUGGAUUAGGUAAAAUAAAAGAGUUCUGUGACAAUAGCAUGGAUGAUUAUAGAUUACCAAUUGAAACAUAUUCUAAUAAAUUAAUAAUAAAACUACAGAUUGGUAAGCCAAGUCAAUGGACACAAGUUUCAGAAAGUAGAGGAUUUCGUUUUACAUUUAAUUCUUCCCAAAUUUCUUGUGGUGGUGAUAUAAGAACUUCUGAAGGAUACUUAACGACUCCUGGCUACCCGCGAAAAACUACAUUGUUCUAUUGUCAGUGGGGUAUUAUAGUCCCCGAUGUGACUCGAAGAAUACGUUUAGAGCUCCUAGACUUUGACUUAGUUCAAGAGUUGGAUGUUUUGAAUGGAAUAACAUUCACAUCAAGAAUAGAAGGAUAUUCUAAUUCUUCUGAAACUCCAACAAUAUUUGAGUCAACAGGAAAUAAGUUAUCCUUAUUCUUUGUUCUUGCUAACAUACACAAAUUACCACAUCGUUUUAAAGCCAAAUUUACUUCUGAUGAACCAGCAUUAUGUGGAGGAAGCUUGCGAGGUAUUGAAGGACAGCUUAAAUCUCCAGAUUUAGAAAAAUCUUACUUAUGCGAAUGGAAUUACAAUGGGAUGCCAGUGACAGACAGCGAUAUGAAGUAUAACACUUUAUCUGUAAAUGUAAAAAUAAAGUCUUCAGGACGAAAUAUAUGCCGUUUUAUGGAUUCACAACUAGUUAUAAAUUCAAAUAUUGCAAGCGGUGUGAUGUUCAAACGCAAUAUUUGUGGUAAUAGUACAGAAGCAUCAUACAGUAUACCUGCUGUAAAUAUGCAUAUUAUGGUAAAAAUGUAUAACCGCAAGCCUUUAACCUUUGACCUAAAUUGGAAGUUACAUCAGUGUGGAGGUGUGGUACAUUCAGGACAAGACGCAGUAAAUAUUUUAAACAUACCUGUUGCUCAUAAUAUAACUAUUGAUUGUGCAUGGCUUAUAAUAACUCCUGUAGGGGUUAGAAGUGAAUUUCAAUUAGAAGGUUCAUUUAAUUUAGAUUGUGCUAAUGAAUUUUUACUGAUAAAACAAGGAGUAUCCCCAAAUUCUCUUACUAUAGGAGAUUACUGUAAAACAAAAUCACAAGAAAAGGCACUUUUGACAUCAUUUAUGUAUACUUAUAUUCAAUAUCAUACAAAAUCUCAAAAUAACACUAAUAUUAAACUUUAUAUUAAGACUGUCAGUGUUCAAUGUGGGGGGUACAUUACAAAAUUCGAUCGAAUAUUUACUUCCCCAAACUAUCCUAAAAAUUACCUAAAUAAUCAAGAAUGUACCUGGGAAAUUUACGCAGAAUUAGGAUAUAGAGUAUCUCUUCAAUUUAUCGAUCGAUUUGCGGUGGAAGAUAAUACUAAUUGCACAAAAGAUGCUAUUAUAGUUUAUGAUUGGAAAGAAAAUAAAUACGAUGAAAUUGCACGACUUUGUGGUCGCCGUAUUCCACUUCCAAUCGAAUCAACAUCAAAUCAAAUGAAAGUGAUUUUUCGCACGGAUGGGUCAACGAAUUUAGAUGGCUUUAAAGCGCAAUGGAAACCUUUAUGCGGGGGAACACUAAUGGCAAAAGAUAAAGUACAGUACUUAUAUAGUCCUGGAUAUUUAUAUGAAUAUUAUCCAUCCUUGAAUUGUGAAUAUGAAAUACUAGCUCCCUCUAAUAGGAUGUUACUUAAGUUUUUAGAUUUCGAACUCGAAGGAUCAUACCCUGAAUGUGAAUACGACAACUUAACAUUAACGGCGGAUAGUAAUUAUAAUUAUUUUUAUGGUCUGUAUUGUGGAAAAGAUUUACCACCUCCACUGUAUGCUUCCGAUAAAGUACGAAUUACCUUUAAGACUGAUCCGUACGGACAAAGAAAAGGAUUCAAAUUGUCUUACUCUUUAUAUACAUGUGGGGGAUCGAUAAAGGAUCCUACAAUGUUAACAUCGGGUCCAGAUAACUAUAUUGAAAAUAGUAAUUGUACGUGGUCCAUUGAAAGUCCAAUAAAUAAGAUAAUAAUACUUAAAUUCCUUUAUAUAGAUUUGGAAAGUAGUUAUAACUGUUAUAACGAUUACUUAGCUGUAUAUGACGGUGCUACAAUAGAUUUAAAUAAACGACUGUCGUUAAUUUGUGGUCACCUCAACAGUACAACUGUUAUAAAAAGUACUAGUAAUAAAAUGUUAUUACAGUUUGUUUCGGACAGUAACUUGAGCUAUAAAGGAUUUCGAGUAGAAGUUUAUUUCUCAUAUUCGGAAGCAGUCGGUUGCGGCGGGCAAAUUGAUCUAAAAGCUACAUCUAAUAAAAAAAUAAAAUCUCCUCUCAUAGGAAACAAUGUUAUUUAUGAAAACUAUUUAGAUUGUCAUUGGGAAAUAAAGGCGCCAAAUGAUCACAUUAUCAAAAUAGAAUUCACCUCCUUCCAUAUAGCUUCCUGCGUAAACGUAAACCAAACAGCAUUAGGUGCAAGUAAUUGUGACUGCGACUUUGUAGAACUAAAAGAUGGCUUAAAUCCCAAUAGCCUUGUCAUUGGCACAUUUUGUGGGCACUCAUAUCCGCCACAAUUAUCUUCAUCGAGUAAUACAAUGACAGUUAGACUUACUACCGAUGGAGAGGUAACAAGCUCCGGGUUUGAAGCACUUUUAUCAGCUCAUCCUUCUCUAUGCGGCCCAUCAGUUUUAUCGAUUUCGAAUACAUUACAAAUAUUAAAAUCACCGAAUUACGAAAACGGGGUAAUCCCUCGAGGACUACAUUGUAGUUACUUUUUUGAAUCAAGCGCUGAACCGUACUCUGCAGUUCAUAUUGUAGUAAAAGACAUGGAUCUUGAACCUAGUUCAGGAAAUAGGUGCGACAAAGACAGGGUUAUCAUAAAUAGUUAUUCACAGCCAAAAAAUAUGACUAUAGGUAAAGAUUUCAUUAUUAAUGAAUCAUCAAAUGAUUUCUUAUCUCAUGCUACAUUAAUGUAUGACUCAACAUUAAAAUCUCCCAAGCGCUUUGAAUUAUGUGGCAUAAAAAAAUCAAUCGAUUAUUACGUUUUCGGUAGCGUCAAUAUUAUUGUACAAACAGCAGCAGCAGAAACCUCUCAAACACACAAAGGCUUAGAAAUUUCAGUAUCAUACGUUGGUUUGUGUGGCAGAAAUUACACUGAAUUAUAUGGAAGAAUACAAUCACAACCUAUAAUUUACACUGAAACAGAUGCUAGAGAUUGCUUCACUCUAAUAGCUGUACCAGAAAGCUAUACUAUAUCAAUGUAUUUUCUAUCAGCAAACCCGGUAUAUUGGGAUGAUCAGGCGUUUUUAGAGAUUUUCGAUGGCAACACAACUAGUGCACCACUUGUCACAAAAAUAGCUAAGGAAUAUCAAGAUUAUAUACAGAUAUUUUCUAGUAGUCGUUAUUUACUUAUACAUAAUCAUAUUGUAGGAACAGAGGCAGUAGUUUACGAUUUAAAUUACGUUGCAACCAACAAGAGCACGGGGUGUGGUGGGAUACUUCAUAAUGUAGCAGGAAGAGUAACAAGUCCUCUUUAUCCUGAAAUUUAUAGACAAAAAUCCACAUGUGAAUGGGAACUUGAAACACCAAUAGGAACAAGAUUAAUGUUACAUUUUGCUGUAUUCGAUAUUGGCCGAAUCUGUACACAAAAUUACCUUAGCCUUGUUGAUAAAAAUGGCAAUACUAUUUCUUCGUAUUGCAUGGAAACUCCUGCAGAUUAUACAAGCGAUGACAAUUAUGUUAAAAUUGUAUUUACAACUACCAGGAAUAACGGUGGAACUGGGUGGGUGGCAGACUUUAUUGCGUUUUCUUAAGACACCUUUGCCUCACUACUUUACGAAAUGUCUCUUCAGGUAUAGGUCUCUUGCUAUUUCGUAUAAAAAAAGCUGUAAUACCUUACCGAUAUUUAUAUAAUAAAUAAAUAAUAUUUCUAAAAUGUUUUAAAACAUAUGUCUCAUAUGCCUUCAAUGUAAUAAUUAUAUUAACUUACCAAAUAGAAUCAGCACUACUAAUCCUACGUGUAUUUAUAAAACUCAUUACUUGUUUUUCAACUGUUAUCAAUACAAAUAUAUUUUAAAUAAGAAACCAAACAAAUAAUACCGAAGUUACAUUAUAUUCAAGAUUAUUUUGGCCUAGUUAAAGUUAUUAGUUUAUUUAUCAUAAAUGCGAAAGA